AUGACGGAGGAGAUGCUAACGGGAGCACCACCUCGACCGUCGAAGCAAUUUUCACGAAAUUGGCAGAAAACUUACAGGGAUGCUCUCGGUGUGAGGCGUGCCAAGAAAGACGCACAACGCGCAGCUGCCGCCGCUGAACAGGCUCUUGCUGAUGAACAGUCUCUCGCUGCUGCGAUGGCUCUUGUUAUUGAACAGGCUCACGCUGAGGAACAGGCUAGACUCUUGGCCUCCACUCGCUACUCGCCCUCGAGAGAUUCUUCAGGUCCAGGAAUAGCUUCGGGUCCUGGAAGUUCCUCGUCUAGGAAAGGCAAGGAAAAGGUUACGGGCGGAUCUAGCGCUCGGGGUGGCCGAGCAACCCCAACAACCCCACGCGCGAGAGGUGUAAGUAUUCCAGGCACCCAGGGUGAUCACGGACCUUCAGGCGGUUUGGGAACUCAUGGUACUCAGGGAUUAACUCCAGGCGGCCUAGUUACUCAAGCGCGUCGGGGGAAUCUGAGUAACAGUAGAAAAGCAGGUAAACCUUAUGUUUGUGAUACCUGUGGACUCACGUACUCAAACCAGGGGACCCUUAUAUCACACUUAAAAUCUCACGAAGAAGAUUACAAGUGCCACGAUUGUGACAAGAAUUAUAACAACAAGUCAAGCUUCAAUAAGCACAUGAGGAAAUUCCACGGAGCUGAGAAGGAAAUUCCCAGUUCCGACAUCAAACCUUACGAGUGUGAUGAAUGCCAUAAACGUUUCACCAACAGGGACGGCGUGGUCCAACACAAGGCCUCUCACACGGACGCGACCACCUGCCCUGUAUGCCAAAAAAAGUAUGGGAAGAUAGCCUCCCUAAAAGAGCACAUAAACAAGAAACACCCAGGAACAGGCUGACGGCUGGUGAUGACGAUGAUUGAAUCAAUACGCAGACUUUUUUUUAACCUGUGAUAAUGAUUAUAAUGUGAUUCCCUCGUCGAUUAAGAAUUGCAUUUACAUAUAUAGUAAUGCCAUUUAUGUUUGCUCUUUACAAGU